UCCACCGCCCCCCGGUGCUGAAACCAAGAUGGCUGGUUGCUAGAAAGACGAGCCAGAGGAGCCGGGAGGGGGGUGGUGUGUGUGUGUGUGUGUGUGGCUUUUUUUGGUCAAAGGAGGAUGCCAGAUCCCAGCGCACGCCGCCCCCACCACUGCACACGCCGGCCUCUCCCCGCGCUGCCCCACCGCUGGACCUGGAGCCUGGCCCUACCGCUCAGCCCCGGCUGCUAGAAGCCGCAAGACGACCGGGCCCGGAGCAGAAGAGGAGAGAGAGACUGAGAGAGAGAGAGAGAGAGAGGCGAAGGGAAAAACACCAUGUCUCUGCUUUGUGUCCGAGUCAAAAAAGCCAAGUUUGAUGGCCCCCAAGAAAAAUUCAACACUUACGUGACACUCAAAGUUCAGAAUGUGAAGAGUACCACCAUCGCUGUGCGCGGAAACCUCCCUUGUUGGGAGCAAGACUUCAUGUUUGAGAUUAACCGGCUCGAUCUUGGGUUGACGGUGGAAGUGUGGAACAAAGGCCUGAUCUGGGACACCAUGGUGGGCACCGUGUGGAUCCCAUUAAGUACUAUCCGGCAAUCGAACGAGGAUGGCCCUGGGGAAUGGCUAACCCUUGACUCUCAGGUUAUCAUGACAGACAAUGAAAUUUCCGGCACGAAGGAUCCCACCUUCCAUCGCAUCCAGUUAGAUACACGCUUUGAGCUUCCACUCGAUAUCCCUGAAGAAGAAGCACGCUAUUGGGUCAAGGAACUUGAGCGGCUCAAUGCGAUGCGAGACCAGGAUGACAUAAGAGUAUGUGCGCGCAUUUGUGAUGAGAAACCUCUCCCGGUCCCCGGCUCACAAUGUUGCAACUGGAAUUAUUUUGGAUGGGGCGAUCAACAAAACGAAGACCCGGACAGCACGGUGGACGAUCGAGACAGCGACUACCGCAGCGAAACCAGCAACAGCAUCCCUCCCCCGUAUUACACCACCUCCCAGCCCAACGCUUCAGUCCAUCAGUACCCCAUCCGCCACCAGCAGAGAGCUUCCCGGGACUCCUACGCCGAUUCGAUGCAGGGCUACGGAACGGAUUAUUCCGAUCACCGGCCGAUCAGCCCCACAGGGAGCAGCCGCUAUGCCUCCUCUGCGGAGUUGAGCCAAGGGAGUUCCCAGCUGAGUGACGAUUUUGACCCGGACGAUGUCAGCCUCGACGAGCGGGAUGGGGAUUCGUAUCACUCUUGCCACAGUUCGGUGAGCUACCAUAAAGACUCUCCCUACUGGGAUGAGGAGGAGGAGGAGGAAGAUGAUCUCUAUCUGGAGGAGGACGAGUUUAACGAGUACAGCGAGAAUGAGGAUUACUACCCAGAGGACGAUGUAGGGGAAACGGAGCUCCCCUCCUCUCCCCGGGAUUCGCACCAGCAGCAAGAGCCACCACCGAAGGGACAGUUCCCGCAGCAGCAACCACCGCCACCUUUUCUGAUGUCCCAACAGAAGGCGCAACCGGUCCAGCAGCAACAGCCGCCGCCACAGCAGCAGCAGCAACAAAAGCCACAACAGAUGCAGCAGGCGCAGCAGCAACCAAAGGCUCAACAGGUGCAGCAGGCGCAGCAGCAACCAAAGGCUCAACAGGCGCAGCAGCAAUCCAAGCCGCAGCCGGCGCAACAGGCGCUGCAGCAGAAAACGCAGCCGGUGCCGCAGAAGGUGGUGCCGGUGCAACCCCCGAAGCCGCAACCCCCGGGGCAGCAACCCCCGACUCCACCGCAGCAAGCCCCGCAGCAGCCACCCGUUCAGCAAAAAGCAGCGCAGCCGAAGCCGCAGCCCCCGGUGCAGGCGCAACAGAAGAUCCCGCCGCUGCCGCCGCAGGAGCACAAAGAAGAGAAGGCUGAUGAUGUUGUGGAGAUCCAACCUGUGGAAGAGACACCAGGACAGGAGAAAGGUCCAGAGGAAAUCCUCCCCAAGGGAGAGGACAGGGAGAGAGAAGAGGCGGAGCCGGUGGACCCGAAAGCCCGCGCCAAGGCCAACUGGUUACGAGCGUUCAACAAAGUCUGCAUGCAGCUCCAGGAGGCUCGUGGCGAAGGAGACGGGGAGUCGAAAUCCUUGUGGUUCAAAGGCGGGCCUGGUGGCGGGUUGAUCAUAAUUGAUAGCAUGCCCGAUAUUCGUAAAAGGAAACCCAUCCCUCUAGUUAGCGAUUUGGCGAUGUCUUUGGUUCAGUCCCGGAAAGCUGGGAUCACGUCAGCACUCGCAUCAAGCACUUUAAACAACGAAGAGCUAAAAAACCAUGUUUACAAGAAGACCUUACAAGCCUUAAUCUACCCUAUAUCUUGCACAACGCCCCACAACUUCGAGGUGUGGACGGCCACCACGCCCACCUACUGUUACGAGUGCGAGGGGCUCCUCUGGGGCAUCGCCCGCCAAGGCAUGAGGUGUACCGAGUGCGGGGUGAAGUGCCAUGAGAAGUGCCAAGACCUCCUCAAUGCCGACUGCUUACAGAGGGCAGCGGAGAAAAGUUCGAAGCACGGUGCCGAAGACCGCACACAGAACAUCAUCAUGGUCCUGAAAGACCGUAUGAAGAUUCGGGAGCGGAAUAAACCGGAAAUCUUUGAGCUGAUCCAGGAGAUAUUUGCAGUCGCCAAAGCCACCCAUACCCAACAGAUGAAGGCCGUGAAACAGAGCGUCUUGGACGGUACUUCGAAGUGGUCAGCGAAGAUCAGCAUUACAGUGGUCUGUGCGCAAGGCCUCCAAGCGAAGGAUAAAACUGGCUCCAGUGAUCCCUACGUCACCGUCCAGGUUGGGAAGACGAAGAAAAGAACUAAAACCAUCUACGGCAAUUUGAACCCCGUCUGGGAGGAGAAUUUUCACUUUGAAUGCCACAACUCCUCCGACCGGAUCAAAGUCCGGGUGUGGGAUGAAGAUGAUGACAUCAAGUCAAGAGUGAAGCAACGCUUUAAGAGAGAAUCCGACGACUUCCUGGGUCAGACCAUCAUUGAGGUCCGGACGCUGAGUGGGGAAAUGGACGUCUGGUACAACCUAGACAAGCGGACGGACAAAUCGGCCGUCUCCGGAGCGAUCCGGCUGCACAUCAGUGUGGAAAUUAAAGGAGAAGAGAAAGUAGCACCUUACCAUGUCCAGUACACCUGCCUUCACGAGAACCUCUUUCAUUUUGUGACGGACAUCCAGAACAACGGCGUGGUAAAGAUCCCGGAUGCAAAAGGAGAUGAUGCUUGGAAAGUCUACUUUGAUGAAACAGCUCAGGAGAUUGUGGACGAGUUUGCAAUGAGAUACGGAGUGGAGUCCAUCUAUCAGGCAAUGACCCACUUUGCCUGCCUCUCCUCGAAAUACAUGUGUCCUGGAGUUCCAGCGGUCAUGAGCACCCUGCUAGCCAACAUCAACGCUUACUAUGCUCACACUACUGCCUCAACCAAUGUGUCUGCCUCUGACCGCUUCGCAGCGUCCAAUUUCGGGAAAGAACGGUUUGUCAAACUCCUGGACCAGCUACACAACUCUCUGCGGAUCGAUCUCUCAAUGUACCGGAAUAAUUUCCCUGCCAGCAGUCCCGAGAGGUUGCAAGACCUCAAAUCCACGGUGGACCUCUUGACCAGCAUUACCUUCUUCCGGAUGAAGGUCCAAGAGCUCCAGAGUCCACCCCGAGCCAGCCAGGUAGUCAAGGAUUGUGUGAAGGCCUGCCUCAACUCUACGUACGAAUACAUCUUCAACAACUGCCAUGAACUGUACAGUCGGGAGUAUCAAACGGACCCGACCAAGAAGGGUGAACUCCCGCCGGAAGAACAGGGGCCCAGCAUCAAGAAUCUGGAUUUUUGGUCCAAGCUGAUCACCUUGAUCGUGUCGAUCAUUGAGGAAGAUAAGAAUUCAUACACGCCUUGCCUCAACCAGUUCCCUCAAGAGCUAAAUGUCGGGAAGAUCAGCGCCGAAGUAAUGUGGAACCUUUUCGCUCAGGAUAUGAAAUAUGCAAUGGAAGAACACGAUAAGCACCGAUUGUGCAAGAGCGCCGAUUAUAUGAACUUGCACUUUAAAGUUAAGUGGCUGUACAACGAAUACGUCACAGACCUCCCCGCGUUCAAGAGCCGGGUCCCCGAGUAUCCGGCAUGGUUCGAACCAUUUGUGAUCCAGUGGCUGGAUGAAAACGAGGAAGUUUCCAGAGAUUUCUUACACGGAGCAUUGGAAAGAGACAAGAAGGAUGGGUUCCAGCAAACUUCGGAGCACGCCCUCUUCUCCUGCUCCGUGGUCGACGUCUUCUCCCAACUCAACCAGAGCUUUGAAAUCAUCAAAAAGUUGGAGUGCCCUGACCCGCAGAUUGUGGGCCACUACAUGCGCCGGUUCGCCAAGACCAUCAGCAAUGUCCUCCUUCAGUACGCAGAGAUCAUCUCUAAGGACUUUGCCUCUUACUGUUCGAAAGAGAAAGAAAAAGUGCAGCGAAGAGAUGCAGCUCCCCAGCAGCCAGUCGCCAGCACCGUCAAGCCCUGCAUCCUGAUGAACAACAUACAACAACUCCGUGUCCAGCUGGAGAAGAUGUUUGAAGCCAUGGGAGGGAAAGAGCUGGACACAGAAGCCAGCGACAUCCUCAAGGAACUCCAGGUGAAACUCAACAAUGUCUUAGACGAGCUAAGCCGGGUAUUCGCCACCAGUUUCCAGCCUCACAUUGAGGAUUGUGUGAAGCAGAUGGGAGACAUCCUGAGCCAGGUGAAAGGCACCGGAAAUGUGCCUGCCAGCGCCUGCAGCAGUGUGGCGCAAGACGCCGACAACGUAUUACAACCUAUUAUGGACCUUCUGGAUAGCAACCUGACCCUUUUCGCCAAGAUUUGCGAGAAGACGGUCUUGAAGCGAGUGCUGAAGGAACUCUGGAAGCUGGUCAUGAACACCAUGGAGAAGACCAUCGUUCUUCCGCCACUGACGGAUCAGACGAUGAUUGGGACUCUCUUAAGAAAGCACGGCAAGGGGACUGAGAAGAGUAGGGGGAAACCCAUCAGCCACACUGAAGGGACACAGAUGAUCUUCAACGCAGCCAAGGAGUUGGGUCAGCUUUCAAAACUCAAGGACCACAUGGUGCGUGAAGAAGCGAAAAGUUUGACUCCCAAACAAUGUGCAGUGGUGGAACUAGCACUUGACACUAUCAAGCAAUACUUCCACGCGGGAGGCGUGGGCCUCAAGAAAACGUUCCUGGAGAAAAGUCCGGACCUUCAGUCGCUCCGCUACGCCCUGUCGCUCUACACUCAGGCCACCGACCUGCUCAUCAAAACCUUUGUCCAGACACAAUCCGCUCAGGGUUCCGGAGUGGAUGAUCCGGUUGGGGAAGUCUCAAUCCACGUGGAACUCUUCACCCACCCGGGCACAGGGGAACACAAGGUGACAGUCAAAGUGGUGGCUGCCAAUGACCUGAAGUGGCAAACGUCUGGCAUCUUCCGGCCGUUCAUCGAAGUCAACAUCAUUGGGCCUCAUCUCAGCGACAAGAAGAGAAAGUUUGCCACCAAGUCGAAGAACAACAGCUGGUCCCCAAAAUACAACGAGAGCGUCCAGUUCACCUUGGGUUCAGAGACAGGUCCCGAAUGUUACGAACUCCAGGUGUGCGUCAAAGACUACUGCUUCGCCCGGGAAGACCGAACGGUGGGCAUUGCCAUCCUGCAGCUGAAGGACAUGAUGCAACGUGGCAGCUGCGCCUGCUGGCUGCCGCUGGGCCGGCGCAUCCACAUGGAUGACACGGGGCUCACCGUGCUGCGCAUCCUCUCCCAGCGCAACAAUGACGAAGUGGCCAAGGAGUUUGUCAAGCUGAAGUCCGACACACGCUCAGCCGAAGAGGGCAGCACCAGCUAAGCCACCCUUCUGCGUGGCCGUGAGUUCGUGGCCCACCUUCUCCCACAAUCAACUAGAAAUACCCUCCCCUUCCUUCCUCACUUCUUCCUGGUUUUUUACAGCCAUGUCAAAGCCAUAGAGUUUUCAAACCUCCCUGCCAAACCCUCACCCCCUUAAUUUGGGAGAUUUUCUCUCACUGCCAAGGAACACCUGCCGACAUACCUUCCCAAAUGUAUUCAUGUGGCCAAAUUCCUGCACUCCCCUGUCUCCACAGCCAAGCCACAAUGGGGCAGAAGGGAGAGAGGGGGCUGCCCCUCACCUCUCGAUGGGUAGAAUCGAGUCAGGAAGGAAACACAUGGCUGACAAACAGACCCAUUUUUCAAAAGUUAAAAGUGCCACGGAAGGCGCUUGCACACGGAACCCUGGUUUCUUUCCCCCGUUUCUCCCAUCUGGUUCGCAAAGAGCCUGGCAUGAACCCGGAUUUGAAACCGAACUUUUCUUUCUCUGCUCCUGGAAGCCAUGUGAGAAAGCCUCUUUAAGAAAUCUUCAAGAAAUCUUUUAAAGACAUCCACUUUUGGGAAGAGGUUUUUAUUUUCAUCCCUUCCUUUCCAGUGUCCGUUGAGCACUCAUUGAAAGGUUUCAGCAGGAGGCGCCCUGCGGACAUGGAAAGGGCAGAAUUCCAUGCCAGGUGAAAGGACUAAUCAACCAUGCCGCCAAAAGGAACCAAAAAGGGGCCAAAAUCAAGAGGGAGGCAGUGGCAUCAGCAGGAUCAGUAUCCGCUGAUUCACGUAUCCGCUGUCCAAAAAUAUUAAAAGAAUAAUCCUAG